CUUCAAGGUUUCGGAUUCCUCACGACGAGAUCAUGUAACAGUUGUGAGGAUUUUGCACAGCUGUGUGGAUUUUGCACUGUUCUUUUGGCUAUGAGGCACAUAUUUGAUAUUUUCGUCAUUGAAAAUGAACGAUCAACUCUCUCUUAAAGCUUUGCAUAUCAUUUUGGUUGGAGAGCACUUGAGGAGCCGGUUGCACAGCGAGCAAGAGCCUCCAAUGAUUCGAGACAGGCGAUAUCACCUCCGUAUGUAUCCUUGCUGUUUUAUAGGUCGAGACGUUGUUGACUGGUUGAUGAAAAAUAGCGACGCUAACAGCCGUGCAGGAGCUGUACAAUGCAUGGAUAUUCUUUUGGAAAAUGGAGUAAUUCAUCACGGUAGGUCUAAAAAAAAACUGCCUCAGUACGCUCAAGCGCACCAGCCCAUGACGAAUUGAUAAUUAAAGGUUAAGCUGCUAAUUAAUCCUAUACUUUCACACAAUACAUUUUCUACAACAACACAGUACUUGUACUUACAUUAUUUAUUGCAUUUUGUCUGAGGGAAGAAUCUAUUCAUGCUAUUAUCAGUGUUAGCGAUUAGUUAGGGCGGCUGUAAACGCUCUCUGUUAAUAGAGAAAGCUCUUUAGUGACGUAUCGCGCUGAGUGGCUUAAAUCCAGCUAUCUGCCAGAACAAUGCAACGAGUUUCGGAUGAGCGUCUUUUUCAAUGUUUUCACCUUUGCAUAAUUUCAUACAAAGUCGUUAUGGAACAGGAGGUUUGCUGUUUUUACCAUAUCUUGGUUGGUUAACGCUCUAUGUAUUUAUAGAGCACUUCAGCUAAACUUAAGUCUGACUUAAUUGAUUUGCCUGACACAAGCCUGGCUCCGGUUGUCAUUUUGUCAUUUGGCGGUAACGUUCGUGUUGAACUUAAUCUUUGCCAAGUAGCAAUUUGACAUGAUAUUUACUAAUACUGCAUUCACAAGGUUGGUUAAGAUUCUGCAACGAUCAUCUUUAAGAGGGUUCCAAUCGAGUUCACCGUUUAGUCGUAAAAAGCGACAAAUUUCAACCAUUAGUCGUAAAAAAAACAUUAUAACUGUUAAAAAUUUUUCUUUUUAUCACAAAGUAAUGAAGUCUGUUCAGUAAUAGAUCGCAGAAGACAUCAAAAUGUGGAAAUUGGAAUAAACACUUGGCUGCGUCUCAUGCACCACUUUCUUGUUCUUACCACAUUUUCAGGUUAUCUAUGAUAAUUAUUUUACUGAAGAGACCCACGGCAAUAUGUAAUCUAGUUGGUUAACACUUGACGGGUGGAUUUGGGGCACUAAGUUCUCAUGUCUUUCGACACUACUUCAACGACGCUGACCACCAACCAACAAUUAUUGUCUCCUGCAGUCUUAAUAAGAUUUUACUUUUAAAGACUCUUCUAUCAUCCGACACCUCUCCUUUUUUUUCUUCUUUCUUUGACAGUUGUCGAUGACCAUCACUUCAAAGAUGAGAUGUUGUUUUACAGAUUUCGAAGAGAUGACAAUACAGUUGUGAAAAACUCUGACCUUGAUGUAAUAUAUAAGGGUUGUGAUAUUUACUACAGGUGAAUUUAAGGAAGGAAGUCUCAUUUAUUUUUAUGCUUAUCAUUUCAAUUUGCCAACAACUCAGGUCUCUGAUUUUCUGAGUCUCGUGGUAACUGACUCAUUACUUCUUUUUCUGUUGCAGGGCAAAGAACGAGGACAGCCAUUUAAUCAAGUUACGCCCUUGUCAUGACUUUGUCUUUAGGAACUGUUUCACAGGAUAUGAGCUGGUAGACUGGUUAAUACAAAAGAGUGAAGUUCCUGACAGAGCACGUGGAGUUGUACUUGGAAGAGAGCUGUUAGACCAGGGAAUUAUAAAGCAUGGUACUUUAAAAAGACCCAGAAUGCUAGCAGUUCAUUAAGAACUUGAGACAAAAUGUACAUUUUAGGCCUUUGAUCCUUUUGACUACGCUGUAGCAUCUAAUUUCUCCUUACAAUAUCACCCCUGAAUCAACAAUUAAGGUCAGGAGAAUAAGGGAAAUGAUCACCAACUAAAGAAGCUCCUGAUUUAUAAACAAAUUUACUUUGUCAGUACCACCAACAACAACAGCAACAACAAACUUUAUUUAUUUUAGCAAUUAAAAUACAUAUCUAACAAUCCCUAAGGGUAGUCUGUGACACAUACAACUCUAAGAGGGUCCAGGAUUAUGAAAAGAGAAGGGCUCAAUGUAGAGCUGAACAGAGGAAAACUGUGGAUAUACCCAUGUUCGGGCUAUAGGCGUAUUAUUAUUAACAAUCCCUACCCAGAAAAUAGAAAAGCUGAUCGAGGUGGGAGAGAAACUAAAACAAACAUUAAAAUUAAUUCUUCAAUAACAAGUUUGACUGAACAGAGGAAAUGACUAGGAGAGCAUGCAUAUACAUGAACAAUGAGAAACAGUACAAUACAUUAUAGAUAAGCCAAUUAGGUAUUACAUAUUACAACUGGAAUAAAAUUACAUGCAAAAAACAACAACAACAACAAAUGAAACCAAAAAGAUUUUAAUUUUCUAAAUUUAUCAAUUAAAGUAUGGACGUCAACUAAGUAUCCUCUUAUAUCAAAAUGUUCAGCAACUGUUUAUGCAAUAGUCUUUUAAAUUUUAUAUUUAGGGAAUGUAUAGAGAACAUUAUGGAGAAUAUGCAUGCUAAUGAUAGGAUGUAAAGGGUUAAAUUGCUAAGUUGGUAGCCUGUGUUUGGUGGUUAUAUAGCACUGAGGCUGUAAUGUUUUUAUUACUUAGUGUUUGCAUGUUGUAUGUGAUCUUAAGUUAAAGUGGGAUAUGUAAAUAUUGUACAGAGUGACCAGCAUCUCAUUUCUCAGUACAUUAAUACUGCUCAAUCAUUCAUUAAGAUCACAAAAAUAGAGGAAAUGAUCAUCAACCUAAGAAGCUACAAUUAUGAAACAAAUUCUCCUUGUCAGUACCAAAGGAAAUGUAUAGAGAGCAGUUUGGAGAAUAUGGAUACUGAGGUUUGGGUUUAAAAGGAUUAAUUGCCUCUUUGGAAAAAGAGUGAGCUUUUUGCCUGUUUAGAGAGUCCUUUGCUUCCUUUGCAGGGCAACCUAUAAACUUUAGUAUUCUUUCUCUUUCAGUUACAGAUGAAUUUCACUUCCGUGAUGAAAAUAUCUUUUAUCAGUUUAUGAUUGACAAAGUAGUAAACAAGAAAAUGGUGGAUGCACUGGGAAUUGUUGAUAAUAAGCAGCCAGGCUCACCAAGAAAUUUCAGGCGGAGGAAUCUACCUCCUCUGAACACACAAAGGUCCAGCCCAGUUCCUUUUGCAAAAGAAAGACCAGAAUUGGAUGAACAAUUUGGUGAGGAGAAGGAAAUAAUUCUGUUAGGGUAACUGUUGAACCUAGACAUUUCUUCUAAUUUUCAGUUCCUUUGUAGCAGAGUUGUCCAAAGUAAUGAAAUAAAUGUUUGAAUGAGGGAAGGGUGCAUUUUCCCACUCCAGUUUAACAACUAUGUCACUGUUGCACUGGUAUUUGGGGGUUGUUUUGUUUUUUUUAAACAUAUUUGCUCUACCAUCUAGAAUUGAUUGGCUCAGGUUCUUAAAGUUUUGGUAGGGUUGGUUUUUCUUUGAAGUUACUUAUUCAGUUUUAGACAAACAUGAUAUAAAUAUCCUAAAAAUUUUUCCUGAAUUGUUUAACCUUACAAGUAACUUUAACUAAUUGCAGAUUAUGAAAGAUCUCCAGAAAGUCCAGUUUUUUUCCCCUCAAGUGGUAGUUCAAGCCAGUCACCCAGACCAGGUACAGGAUGUGACUGGACAGUUAAACCCUUUAACUCCCAGAAGUGAUUAACAUGUAACUUCUCCCUAUAAUAUCCACACAUUAUCCAGCCAACAUGUAAUGAGGAUAUUCAAAUUUAUCAAGUAGAGGUUGGUGGUUCUGAUCUAUCACUAAAUUCAUGUGACUUAUUUACAAGGAAAUGUGUAGCAGCUAGAAGGGAGAAUUGAUGAUCAGAUCCUGGGUUGAGAGAACACCAAACUAAGGGAUGUGACCUAUGCAUUAAUUUUGUAUUGUACUUUUGUUCACCAGCACAAAUGUUACUCAGACAUAGCCUUAUUUAAGGUAUUAAUUAAUGUUGUGUUUGCUUUUCUCUCUCUCUUCAUUUUUAUUAGUUAUUGUCAGAGAAAUUACUACAGGAGAGUUAAUGGAUCCAAAUGGACCUUAUGUCAUGAAAAAUAUAAGUGUAAGUACUCCUUCCCUUCUCAAAGUGCAGAAUAGAAAAAUGUAUUUUGUUGGCCAAUUAAUACUUGUAGAACAUGGAGCAACCUCAGUUUCUCAGCAACUACUCAACAACCCCUCCCCUAACCUAACAACAAUCAACUGAUAACAAGUCAGGGUUAAUGUUGGGAUAGGGGAGGGGUAGGUGUGUAGUUGCUCAGAUACUAAUAUUGAUCCCAGAGCAGCAAGCGUUUUCUUUUUGCAUUAUAGGUUAAGAGUGAUGCAGUUGGUUUUGGAUUUGUUGUGCGGGGGUCUAGUCCUGUCUAUGUCCAAACAGUUGAUCCUAAAGGUCCUGGUGCCACUGCUGGGUUAAAGGUCAGAACAGUAUGACUUGUUUGUCCUUGUAAUAUCUUUCCAUCCCCUGCCCCUUCCUUUGUUCUGUGUGAGAUGUCCAUCUUUUCUAUUUACACUGGUCACAACUGAACAUGACUUAAAUCAGGUUGUUUUGUCCAGAACCUGUCUCUGCUUUUGUUGUAAAAAGUAUAAGGAGUGUUGCUGUUGGGGUCAAUGUCAGUAUCUAAGCAACUGGACACCUGACCCUUCCUUAACCCAGUAACAGUCAACUGAUAAUAAGUGCAGUUUCAUGUUUGGUUAGGAAAGGGUAUGUGUUUUUGCGCUGAACUUUCAUUUUAUUAUAAUUAUUAAUUGCAAGUGCUGCUUAUAAUGAUGCAUGGGGUGGGGCACUCCACUUAAAUUUAUAUAUUGCAAUAAUUAUCACAGCGAUUGUUGUGUAAAAAGUUUAAUUAAAGACAUGUUAUCUGGUUCAGUUGUUUAGUUCAGUUUCAACCAAGCUAACCAACUUAUUGUAAUUGUUAACCAGUUAUUUGCCACAAUGUACUUCAAUUAUGGAGGCAGUGAAAAGUAACUUCUCAGAUGACUUCCAGGUUUUAUUUAAGUUAAAUUUCAGUUUGUUUUGAACACUCGGGUGACCCAGUGCUAAAGUAGUUUCUUUGUCUUUUAGAUUGAAUUUUGUCAUUAAAUUGAAUAUGGUUCUUCCUCUGUAUUGGCUCUGUGGUCCUCUAUUCAAUGCAACAAUAGCUGUGCAGUUGCUCAGAUCCUGGCUUAAUCUACUGCUCCUUCUGAAUGUGAUGCUAGUCCAUCUCAGGUCACCCCUCCCCCUCCCCUCCUCCCUCCCCCAGGCAACCCAUCAAGUCUCCCUUGCUAUUUGGGAGUACACAUUUGUAAUCCUGGGAGGAGGUGCACAUUUUAGAGUAAAGUUCUCUUCUUGUCCAAGAUCCAGAGCUCCAAGCUGAACUUAUUUCAAAGUCACCAUUUGGUAAUCUUAAUAAAUCAUAAAAGGUUGAAAAUGGAAAAGAAUAUGAUCUGAAAUGUUACACUAUGCGUUAUGCAGUUGUUUAUCUCACUUUCACUUUGGACAAUGAGCACUUUAAGUAAUUGUGAUGUUUUACUUUGCUAUACAACUGCUGAACACAGAUAGCCAAUUGUUCACUUAUGCAGAGAAUUUAGUUCAAAUUUUUUCUUUUUUUCUCACCUUGGGAACCACAAGACACCCAGUAAUGCCUUUAAAAUAGGACUUGGCCUCUCAAUUCAUUGCUGAGGGUUUUAACAACUGUUUUUUCCAACCUUGCUAAGAAUGAUUGUGUAACACUUUGAUUAUAUGAAGACUUUCCUCUUGUAGGUACGAAUGUUUUUAAAAUCAGUAAAUGGCAAAGAUGUCCUCUAUUGGAACCACAGACAAGUGUCUCAGGAGAUUCUGAGAGGGCACAAUAUUGUGCACUUAGUUGUUAUGACCCAUUUUAAGGGUGUGGAGUAGGUCCUUUUGACCUGACACCACAAGCCUGCCAGCAUGCUCUCAUUGUUAGUGCUUCAGUAAGGGUGUUUCUUCGCCUUUGAGCAAUGCUUGCCUGCGAGAGGUCUGGGCCUAGCUGUUUGAAGUCCAAUCAGCACUACUCCAGGGUUAGAUUUUAAUCUGGGUUUCUUUAUUCCUUUGUUCAAAAGCCUUUUUUGGAUAAUUUUCUCUAUCCUUUUCAGGGCAUCCAUGAAUCAAUAAAUUGUAGACCAAAGGAAUGUUUCUGAGUUUUCUGAUAAAGCUUUCAAAUCUAAAAUCAGAUUUCACACUACCAACUCCUGGGUUUUCUUAACCCAGCUUUGAACAACCUGGCCCAAAUAUUUUGUGCCAGACCACUUGCAGACCUGUGGCCUACUU